AUGUCGGUAUCUUUUGCACCAGAAUGUACACCAGCUAAAACCGAAUAUGAUGAUUGUUUUAAUAAAUGGUAUACUGAAAAAUUUUUAAAAGGUAAAUCAGUUGAAAAUGAAUGUACAGAAUUUUGGGAUAAUUAUAUAACUUGUAUAAAUGCAAAUUUAGCAAAACAAGGUAUCAAACCAAUGUUAGAUAAAGCAAGAGAAGAUCAACCAUUUAGUCAUGAAGAAAUGCAAGAAAGUUUAAAGCAACUGGGGAAAUAA